AUGAGCAUUAGGAGCAUCAGGAGCAGCAGGAGCAGUAGCAGCAGCAUCCUACCCAUCCCUGAGCAGCAGAAGCAGCAGCAGGUGCAGAAGGUGCAGCAGCAGCAGCAGCAGUGGUAUACGCAGCAGCAGGAGCUGCAGAAGCAACAGCAGGAGCUGCAGAAACAGCAGCAGCAGGAUGUUGCACAAGGAGCACCAGCAGCAGCAACACCGUCCCUGAGCAGUAGCAGCAGCAGCAGCAGCAGGAGCACUAGCAGCAACCUAGCCAUCCCUGAGCAGCAGCUGGAGCACCAGGAGCAGCAGGAGCAGCAGGACAAGCAGAAGCAGAAGCAGCAUUUGCAGCAGCAGCAGCAGCAGCAGCCUAGCCAUCCAGGAGCAGAAGCAGGAGAAGCAGCAUCGUACCUGUCUCUGAGCAGCAGGAGCUGCUGCAGCAGCAGCAGGAGCAGUAGCACCUACAAGGUGCAGCAGCUGGAGCAGCAACAGCAGCAGAGCAGCAGCAGCAGCAGCAGCAUUCUAGCUGUGACUCAGCAGCAGGAGCAGCAGAUGCAGCAGGAGCAGCAGAAGCAGCAAGGCCACUAG